AUUACGCUCGUACUAAUGUAAAUAUUGCUUGUGUUUGCUUUGUUUUGUUAUUUUACUGCGCCCAAUUACAGGGUCUUAGGAUAUGAUUAUAGCCUUGGUUCAGUUCCUUUAAGGGCUUGGUAUUAUCUGCAUGGAUUGGAAGGAAUUCAGGUUAAAGGAAACGUAACAAUGACUAAAGAAGAAUUGCUUGCCUCGAUAGAAAUAUAUCAAACCCAGCUGGAACAAAUCCAAGGGGCCCUUGAUACAGCUAGUAAUGCAGAAAAGAUUCAACUUCAAGAACUACAAGCUAAUCUACUUCAGUUGUUAGAUCUUACUUUGCAACAGCUGAAUGAGAAGCCAAAUGUGGAGCAAGUACAAGAGGCAAAAGAAACAGCCAUCCAUAAUAAACUGGAAGAUCAUCAGACAGAGCAAAGUGACUUGAUACCUGACGAUGAAAAAAAAUUAGAUGAUGAGUUUGCUUUAUUUCAGUCUGAGAUUGCGGCAUUAUCUGGAGGAAGUGAUGAUGAGAAGAGUGAACCUAAACACCAGUACUCCAAAGAAGGGCUGGAAGAAUUGGUAGGAACCCAAUGCCGCUCACCAUUCACCGAGAAAUGGGGCGGUCAUUCAUAUCACAAUGCUAUUGUUCUUAGUGUUGUGACACAAGAGGAUGGUGAAGCUGACCUAGAUAAACCAGAGGUUCGAGUGUUGUUUAGUCAGCCAACAUGUCUAGAAAUGUUGCCAUGUCGUUACUUCUUAUCUGGGCGAUGCAAGUUUUCUGAAGAUGAAUGCCGUUUUUCUCAUGGAAAAAUUGUCUCAAUUUCUGAUAUUAAAGAACACAGGGACCCCGAAUAUGACACCAUAGUGACUGGAAGUCGAGUUUUGGUUCAGUAUUCUAGUGAUUUAUGGACAAGUGCUACUGUACAGGAUGUACUGGAAGACAGAUCAGCCUUCUGCAUCAAAUAUGACAAAAACAAAGAAUUAGCUGAAGUACAGCUAACACAGAUGGUUCCUCUGCAGUGUGAGGAGAAUGACGAAGACAGAAAUGAGAUGUCAAACAUAGACGAUGCAAGUGACCCUGAUAGCAGCGAGGAUGAAAGAGCAGUUUUUGUUCCAACAGAUAAUUGGUUUCAGCACACUCUCUCACAACGUCUUGGUGACUGGGAAAAGCACACUAAGGGCAUUGGAUCAAAGCUGAUGGAGAAGAUGGGAUAUGUGGUUGGCACCGGCCUUGGUCCAGAGGGAGAGGGCCGAGUGGAACCUGUGACUGCCUAUGUUUACCCACAAGGAGUGUCACUGGAUCGUUGCAUGGAACUUCGAGAAGCAUCAAAUGGAGAGGAGCUGUUAAAUGUUGAAAAGCGGCUGGACAGAGAACGGAGAAAGGAAGAAGCCAAAUCAACUCAAGCAGCUGAACGACUCAAGAAGCGAACAUCAGUAUUUGAUAUCAUUAAUAAAAAAUUAGCAGGAAAAGGUCCAAAUCCAGAAGAUAGCGAUGAUGAUUCAAAUCCAAAGCCAGUCAUGAAUGUCAGUAAGUCCACCCUCCAAAAAGAUUCUACCAAGGAUCUCAAUAUGAAGAAUUAUCAACUUAGUGAAAAUAUCCGUCAGCUUCGAAAGGAGGUGGAGAAAAUGGAAAGUUCUAGAGAAAGGCAGAGCGGCAACAAGGCAGCUUUAUCAGUUAUCAACAGUAAGAUUGAGAGUAAAAAGAUAGAGAUACAAAGACUUCAAGAGGCUGAAAAAAAGGUUCAGGGGGAACAGCAGAGUAGAAGGGAUAGGAAAAAAUUUUGCGUGUUUUAAGUUUUUCCCAAAAAGAUCUCACCAUUCAUCUCAUAAAUACUGUAUAUCAUUUCACUCAAAUUAAUCUUUAAGUAUUCCAUAAUUUAAAUAGAAUUGUGUAUCUUAGUCAUUUGUGGUAGUAUUAAGUGCACAUAUGAAUAUAAUAUUGAUAGUACUGUCUAGCAAUUCUAUGAUUAUUUAUGUUUGUAUAGUAAGUUGUUAAAAUUACACUACUGUAUUCUGUAAAUUUUUAAUAAUUUAAACAAUGUUACUUUUGCAUACUACAUAUUUGAUAUAAAUUUCAACAUAUAUAUUGUAAUUCAUGAAAUGUAUUUGAGUUUGAUAGUAAAGUUCUAUGUAAA